AUGUCCAAUGGUUUGUUGCUAGACCGGCUGGCUUGCUUGGUAAGCAUACACACUGUACAAUAUCGGCAUUUCUUUUUAAUUGUAGCUACCUUUAUUUAUAGAGAAUCAUUGAGAUAAAAUCGAUUUUGGAAGAGAGACCUUUUACAGGGGCUUUCUCUUUAGGAUGAAUAUGUUUGUGUGGUUGUAGGACGGUAGCCCUGCUAUGUCCUUGUACAGGAGAUGUCUGACCGCCUUGGGAACAGCCAGAGGCUUGGAUUAUCUGCACAGCAACAACCAUGUCUACAGAGAUGACAAGAGGUAACUGUGGAAGUUUUUAAUAAAUUCCUUUCCUAUGCCACUUGAUCAAAUUUUUGACAUUUUAAUCAUAGACAGACAUGAGAAGUCUCCGCACACUCAGGAUCAAUGCACAAUUUUCAAUUUAUUUAAGCUGAGUUUUCGGUCGUCAGACCUUCAUCAGAGCAUGACGACUGAAAGCUCAGCCUAAAUAAAUUGAAAAUUGUGUAUUGAUCCCGAGUGUGCGGAGACUUUUUAUUUCAGUGUUACUCUUUAUCCCCUGCACCUCAGCAAUGGUUGGGUGUGUGACAGAUCCUCUCAAAAAUUAUAGACAGACAACCUUGUCAUAUCAGUCUCAAUAGUAGUUAUUAAUGAGUUCUAAUCAUUUGUGUCUGGCAGCGGAAAUAUUUUGCUGGAUGAAGCACUUGUGCCGAAAAUCUUUGACUUUGGGCUGACACGGGUCUCGGCCACGCAGUCAUGUUUGACAGUGAUGACCGAGAGGAUUGUGGAUACAACAGCAUACAUGGCAAAUGAGGCACUCAGGGGCAAGAUCACUCCCAAAUAAGACAUCUACAGUUUUGGGGUGGUAAAUUGUACUUCACACCUACACACAUCUAUGGAACUAACACAAUAUGAAGACAUUAUACAAUGUUCUGUGAAAUCCACACCCGAACUGAUUUGAUUAUCAUCUUAGUGACACUACAUGACAAACAAUUGAGACAGCACCUCAUGUUACACCCCUAAACAUUAUGCCAAACAGGUCAAGGAAAAUGUUAGAGCACAGCCUUUCACACUAUCACUUUAAAGACCUAAAUAUAGCCCAGAAGAUACAGUGACAAGAAUAUAGAAUUUAUGAUGAAACUGCAACGUAAGUCAAACUCAUAAAACUAAAAUAGCCAGUUCAGCAGUUUGCCUGAGUGCCAGACUCCAAAACCUACCGACACACACAUAAUUGUUGGACCCUUAAGUGACAAUCAUGCACCUGUGCCAGUCUACCAGCCAAUUAAUUUCCAAUUAAAUACCAAUAAAGUAAAGGUUACUGCUCCUCAAUGAUAAAGAAAACAUGUUGGUAAAUGUUGAUGUAGGCUAAUAAUGGAAAGUGUGGGAACAGUACUGUAUGACAUAAAUGAUGUACUCCAAUGUCAGCAGUCCAAUAUGAGGUCAGGUCAUCUGUGUGUUGAACUGGUUGAACCUCAUCAUAAACCAACAGCUUCUGUCAGUGUUCAGCCUGAACCCUGGGAACAGUAGCGUACAGUAUCUUAAACAUCGCCUGCUAUAUUAUUAAUGAAGAGUAAUAGAGGGCUGUUGUUGGCUAGAGCUGGAGCCAGCCAGGUGGUUCAUCUAAGGUUUCUGUCAUCCACAGGUGUUGCUAGAAAUAUUGUCUGGACUCCUGCCAGUUGAUGAAAACCGUGACUCUAUGUUCCUGGUGAGCAAGCAGAACAAUGGAAGCUUUCUCUUUAGUACUCGUCUGUCUUCAUCGUGCAUAUGAUCUAAAGAAAGAAAAUGUUUCACUUUUUGUAUUUACUAUACAGUAUCAAUCAAAAAGCCAAUUAUUUGUGCAGCAUUACUUACCUCUAAUCUUUGCUCCCUGUUGAGCAUAAGGACCACAUUUGUACAGUAUAGAUGGCAGACAGUGUUGUAUUUAUCUUGUCUGUCAGUGUAGUUACCACUGCAAACAGUAGCUGAAGGAUGUGUUUCUGCUGUUGAAUGUUAUGAUUUGUUAUGACUGUCACAGAUGAACAUGAAGGAUGAGAUGAGGAGGAAAUGGCCCUGGAGGACUUUGUGGACACGAGGAUGACAGCCUGGGACCUGCCGUUGGUGAAGAGGACCUACUCCUUAGCCAACAACUGUCUCAAUGACAGAAAGAACAAACGGCCACUGACGAAAGAG